CUCAUCUCCAACUCGUUUUAUUCACUCUGGUUCAUCGCUACUAAAAUCAAAUUGCAUCGAUCGAUCCACGAAAUGUUGAGCUUGAUGAUCGUGUCAAAAUCUUGAUUAUCGGACGAGCCGUUUGGAUUCAGUUGGGAUUUUUUAGAACGAUACCAGAGUGCGACGACUUGUUGGCCCAGCGCGCGUUUUUCUCCCAUUGUCCAUUGGGCGCCAAGUGCGCCGCCACCGUUGCUUUCCAUCAUCCCCCACGACGAAUGUGUCAAACCUUUGACGCUUUAUUUCUACAUCUUUUAAGUGUUUCUUUGUCAAGUGAACAACAUCAGUGUGUAGCAUUUUCAUUCCUCUAUCGAAUCCUGUUUGACCAGAGGUGUUGAAGGAAUUGACUGCCCUCAACCUAUUUCACUCUGUCUGAAUUUGCUGGAAAAUGUCCAGGAGAGGAUGCAGAGUGACAAACAAGAGGGAAUCGCUGCCUGGCCAGAAGUUGCUACCUGUCAUCCUCAACCGAAAGCGUAAAUCUGAAACUCAUGUGGAGGAUUACGAGAAUGAUGUGAGGGGAAUGAGAGCAAGGCAGCCAUGUCACCAGCAACAGGGAUGGGAGGAAGGUGCAGGAUGGGAGACAUCCAGUCAAUCAUCAUCAUCAGCUGCCAGCACUUCUACAUCAAAUUUCCGUCGAUUGGCAGUUUCAUCGCAGCUUUUAACAUCGCGAUUGAGUCCAUUUCCCAAAUUCAACUGGGCAGAUCCGGAAGAAGUGUGGAGCUCAUUGUGUCGUAAAGAUCGCCUCUACAAAAGGAAUCAUGACUACAUUUUGGCCCACCCAUCUCUGCAGCCUCGAAUGAGAGCCAUACUUCUUGAUUGGCUCGUCGAGGUUUGCGAAGUGUACCGGUUGCAUCGCGAGACUUAUCAUCUUGCCUUGGACUUUGUGGAUCGUUAUUUGGCAACUCAAAGUGAUGUUCCCAAACAACAGCUUCAGUUGAUAGGUAUCGCAUCUUUGUUCAUCGCCGCCAAAAUCGAAGAAAUUUAUCCACCCAAGUUGAACGAGUUUGCAUACGUAACUGACGGUGCUUGCAGUGAAGCAGAAAUCAUGAUGAAAGAACUAGUUAUCAUGAAGAGUCUUAACUGGGAGCUCUCUCCAGCCACGGCCAACUGCUGGCUUGGAAUUUACAUGCAACUGGCUAACGCAUUGGAGGACAAGGAAGAGCUCGAAUCCAAAGAGAACAAUGUCACCAACAAAAUGGAAAUGAAACAGUUUUCCAGCCACACCUUUGUUCAAGCUGCACGACUCCUAGACCUUUGCACCAUGGACAUUCUCAGUCUUCGAUAUACGUAUAGUGCCAUCGCCGCCGCUGCAGUUUACCAUAUUGUGGGUGAACGAGUGGCGAUCGAGUGCUCUGGUUACACAUGGGAAGAGAUUUCGUCCUGCAUCUACUGGAUGGCUCCUUUUGCUUUGACACUUCGAGAGUCUGGACCAGUUGAAGUUAAAACUUUUUCGCAAAUUCCUAUUGAGGAUACGCACAACAUCCAAACACACAAUGUCGACCUCAGUAUCCUGGAAGCCGCUCAAAGCCGAUUAACAGAUUGUGGUGCGUCACCACCUAGUCCAGCGGUAGGGCCGCUGGGCAUGCUGACGCCUCCGCAAAGUAAGAACAAGGGCCGACUUAGCGCUCCGCUUUCGCCGGUCAACAGCAACACCACUGCCAAUGCUGUUGUACUGACACCUUCCACCUUGAACUCUGAAAGCCCUCGAUGUUCUGCAAUGACCUCUGAGUGGAAUGACGACAUCCAAUCGACCCAUUCGUAUUCAUAAUCAUUUUUAAUUCAUUCUUUUUUUAACGGCAUCAUUUUUGCGCGCGUUAUUGCUCGUUGUUCGAAGGGGCAUGGCUUCAAAAAAAAAUCUUUUCUCCUUCUUUCUGUUGUUGGAAGCUGGACGACCGCAAUAAGAGUGCCAUUUCUUUUUUUUUCCUUGUUACACAUAGAAAGAGAAAAGAUGUGGGAAACAUUUCCAUGUCACCGGUAAUUAUUUGACAGGGAUUUAAUGAUUCCACCCUUUAAUUUUUCUUCCUUAUUUUCUUUUUUUAAAGGGAAAGGCAUUAUUUUUAAAAUCUUUUUCAUGAAAACCGAUUUAUGAGGGUUACUUCCUUUUAUUUUUGGUUUAUCAGAGAAUUAACGAAGCGCAUGAUAGUCUAGUCCUUUCAGUUGCAAUAAUGCCUUGGGUUGGGUGGGGUUGAAGCCAUUCUCAACUCGAACGCCGUACUGUUAUAACCACAUCUCAAGGACGUCCUUUGCAUUUGAUUUUCAUUUGCCGUUUUUUUUUUUUCUUCCUCUUUUUCAUUUCAUUUUGUCUUAACGGUUUCAAGAAAAAAGAGCUGCCUAACCUAUUCGUCUUUUUUCAAAAGCGCAGUGUAUUUUAUGCGAUUGACGUCAUCGUCAUUGAAAUUUUAGAUCCCCUUUCUAGCAUUGCAUACUUUUUUGGUAAGUGUGUGUGACGAUUAACCCGCCCGUCACCUUUUUUUUUUUAAAACUUAGCCCGUAAUGCCUUAAUUGAUUCUCUCCCAUUUGAACGAAACAAUAAAGAUGUGCCAGACUUUGAAUUAAAAGAAUGUUUACGUCAGAAAACGAAAGUUGAAAAGAGUUGGUGAACUCGACAUCUGGACAUCUUUAUUCAUUCCUUUUCACGUUUAAUCUUAAUUGUUCUCGCCCAUUUUUUUGGAUCCAGCAUAUUGUACUGCCAAUUGUUGUACAUUUCUCCGUCAUCAGCCAAUCCUCACCCUCCAUUUUUUUGCCAAUUUUCUUUCAUUAUUUUUCCUGAAUAAUCCCAUUAUGAUUUUGCCAUGUCAUCACAUCAGUCCCAAUUUUUGUCUCCCUGAGGUUAACAAAUAAACUAUAUUUCAAUAAUA